AUGGAUGACUUCAAGUUCUUGCCAACAUUCUUCAUCACAUACAUGAUCGGACAGGAUGUAGCGCGUUGGAUCAAGUGGCUCGAUAUGAUGCUCACCAUCCAGGGGCGGGUGCAUGACACGACCCUCGUGGUAGCCAGCUCCUACAGGAAGCUGAACGACCCGGGGGUCGGUAAGCAGCAGAGGCAGAUGCUCUUCAAGUGGUACAGGUAUCUCAACGCCAUACACUACUUGGCUUAUUUCGGCCUCGAUCCCCGAAUGGGAUCAGAGCCAGAGCAUGUUGUGCAGAACCUUCAAACCCUCGGGUUGCUUGUGGACAGUGAGUGCGAACAGCUACUCUUGGCCAAACUAAAGAUUCGGGAUACUCUGGUGUCAUGGCUUGGUAUCAUGUGGCACGACGACUUAGAGCGCGGCUGGGUGCAGUCGACAGACACGAAGGUUGUCAUGGAGAAGAUCUGCGGCCUGCGCGGCGCCAUGGCGUCCCUUCAAGACAUGAGCCAGCUGGUUCGGGUCAUGAUGGUGGUGGUAACGAACGUCUUGCUUGCGCUGGCUCUGGUGGGUUACCCAACGAAGAUGUACGAAGACACCGACCAGUGCUUUCAGUUUUGGCCGUUGGUCGCUUCCUAUCUCUACUACGCGUGUUACAGAGGCAUGCUCCAUGUCAUGUUCUUGUUGGACAAAGGGCCUUUCUAUGGGAAAGGGGACUGCGUCAACGUGGAUGCUCUUCUCGUCAGCUCAGAACGCUUUACCUUCCACGUGUUCCGCACCUCCUUCAAGACGCUGCCAUCUGACGUCAAAUGCGUCCAAGAGCCCGAAGUCAGUGGCGUCAAAGGCGUCCAGAAGCCAGAUGUCCAAGAGCCAGAUGUCCCAGAGCCUGCUUGGACGCCUGAUGAAAGGAGCGACGCCAGUCGCCCCCAAGGGCGUGACAGGCAAUCCCUUGAGAUCUGA